AGCUUGCUCUCUCUCUCUAUCACUCUGCUCAGCUCAAGUAGCCAGCUCGAACAAGAAGAAGAGGAGAAAAAAAUCGCGCAGCUUCUCUCCCUCUCUCUUACUUAUAGCAGCAGCAGAUCCGCCUCCCGAAACCCAGCUCUUUGUGAUCCUCAAGAGCCGCCUCCAACCCCCAAUCCACGCGCGACCCAAGAAUCCGAGAAAUUUUUCUGUCCAGAAUAAGAGGGUUUGGUUUGAUUUUGGGAGCUCCAGUUGUUUUCUUCUCCUCCUUCUUCUUCUUCUUCUUUCUUGCAAUUUGAGGAGGUUUGCUCUGGUUUGGUUUGGUUCUUUGUUGUUGCUGCCGCUGCCGCGGCGAAUGGUGGCGACGCGAGGAAGGGAAUGGGUUCGUUCUCCUGCGCCGCGGGCGAUCUGUCGUGUCGAGAUAGUGGCGCGCCCUGACCUGAGAGAUGUUUGUUCUUGUUGAUUUUUGUGUGUUUGUUUGACUGAAAGGUGCUCGUCCUUUUCGGAAAGUGAGGGGGUUUGUUCUUAUUUCUGGUUCUUGAUUAUUAUUAGGAUUAGUUUGUUCCUUUGUGUGAUUCGAUUCCUUGCCGCGCCAAAUCUUGGUUUGAGAUUUUUCUCUUUUCCUUUUCUCUCUCUUGGAUUGGAUCCUUUGCCUCCCUCGCCGCCCAUUCCUCCGUGCGAUUUGAGUACUUCUUGGAGUGAGUUCUUGGUGAGUGAGAUCGAGUACUUUGAGGAGGAUCUAGAGGAGAUGGUUUCGAGAUCCUACUCCAACUUGCUGGAGCUCGCCGCCGGCGGAGGAGGAGGAGGCGGCGGCGAAGGGCCGCUGCCGUCGCUGGGGCGGCGACGGAUUCCGCGGGUGGUGACGGCGUCGGGCAUUGUCCCGGACCUGGACUACUCCGACGACGACGCGGCGUCGGCGGCGUCGUCGUCCGACCACUCCUCCGCCCACUCCCACGCGCCGCGCGAGCGCGCCAUCAUCGUCGCCAACCAGCUGCCCAUCCGCGCGUCUCGCCGCGGCGGCGGCGGCGGCGGGUGGGAGUUCUCCUGGGACGAGGACAGCCUCCUCCUGCAGCUCAGGGACAGCCUCCGCGCCCACGCCGACCGCGCCGACGACAUGGAGUUCGUCUACGUCGGCGGCCUCCGCGACGACGUGCCCGCGGCGGAGCACGACGAGGUGGCGCACCACCUCCUCGAGGGCUUCCGCUGCGUGCCCACCUUCCUCCCCGCCGACCUCCGGUCGCGGUUCUACCACGGAUUCUGCAAGCAGCAGCUGUGGCCACUGUUCCAUUACAUGCUCCCGCUGUCGCCGGAGCUCGGCGGCCGCUUCGACCGCGCGCUGUGGCAGGCGUACGUGUCCGUCAACAAGAUCUUCGCCGACAAGAUACUGGAGGUGAUCAGCCCCGACGAGGACUACGUCUGGGUGCACGACUACCAUCUCAUGAUCUUGCCGACGUUCCUGCGGAAGCGGUUCAACCGCGUCAAGCUCGGCUUCUUCCUCCACAGCCCGUUCCCGUCGUCGGAGAUCUACAAGACCCUGCCCGUCCGCGAGGAGCUGCUCCGGUCGCUCCUGAACGCCGAUUUGAUCGGGUUCCACACCUUCGAUUAUGCCAGGCAUUUCCUGUCCUGCUGUGGAAGGAUGCUCGGGUUGAAGUAUGAGUCGCAGAGGGGCUACAUUGCGCUGGAGUAUUAUGGUCGGACGGUUACCAUCAAGAUAUUGCCGGUGGGAGUUCAUUUGGAGCAGCUGCGGUCGGUGCUCAAUCUUCCGGAGACGGGGGUCAAGGUGGCCGAGCUUCUCAAGCAAUUCUGCGAUCAGAACCGGCUGAUGUUGCUUGGCGUAGAUGAUAUGGACAUCUUUAAAGGAAUUAGCUUGAAGCUUUUGGCAUUUGAGCAGCUCCUGAUGCAACAUCCCGAAUGGCGAGGAAGGGUGGUUCUAGUACAGAUUGCCAAUCCAGCGAGGGGACGGGGGAAAGAUGUGAAAGAGGUGCAGGAUGAGAGCUAUGCAAUGGUGAGGCGUAUCAAUGAGGCAUUUGGGCAGCCAGGUUACCAGCCGGUUAUAUUGAUCGAUCGGCCACUUCAGUUCUAUGAGAGAAUGGCUUACUAUGUUGUCGCUGAGUGCUGCCUGGUGACCGCAGUGAGAGAUGGCAUGAAUCUUAUCCCGUAUGAGUAUGUAAUUGCUAGGCAGGGCAAUGAAAAACUAGACGGGAUCUUAGGUCUUGGCCCAUCGGCACGGAAGAAGAGCAUGCUUGUUGUGUCAGAGUUCAUCGGCUGUUCACCUUCCCUAAGUGGUGCGAUUCGGGUAAACCCUUGGAACAUCGAUGCUGUGGCUGAUGCAAUGGACUCUGCUUUAGAGAUGCCUGAAGGGGAGAAGGUGCUGAGACAUGAGAAGCACCACAAAUAUGUGAGCACACAUGAUGUUGGAUACUGGGCAAACAGCUUCUUGCAAGAUCUGGAGAGGACUUGUCUGGACCAUAGCAGGAGGCGUUGUUGGGGGAUAGGAUUCGGGCUAAGGUUUAGGGUUGUAGCCCUUGAUCCAAACUUCAAGAAGCUUGCAGUUGAGCACCUUGUCUCAGCCUACCGGAGGACGACCACGCGAAUCAUUCUUUUGGACUAUGACGGGACGCUGAUGCCUCAAACAUCAUUUGGUAAGAGCCCAAGCUCUAAAACGAUAGAUAUGCUGAACAGCCUGUCCCGUGAUCAGAACAACAUGGUCUUCCUUGUGAGCACAAAGAAGCGGUCGACUCUAGAAGAAUGGUUCUCAUCAUGCGACAACCUAGGCUUAGCUGCUGAGCAUGGAUACUUUCUCAGGCUGAAGAGAGAUGCAGAAUGGGAGACGUGUGUCCCAGUGACAGACAGAAGCUGGAAGCAAAUCGCAGAGCCUGUGAUGAAAACAUACACCGAGACAACAGAUGGGUCAACAAUUGAGGACAAGGAGACCGCGAUAGUGUGGAGCUACGAGGAUGCUGAUCCUGAUUUUGGAUCUUGCCAAGCCAAGGAGCUCCAUGACCAUCUGGAGAGUGUCCUUGCAAAUGAGCCAGUUACAGUAAAAGCUGGCCUGAACCAUGUCGAGGUGAAGCCACAGGGUGUAAGCAAGGGCCUUGUGGCAAAACGGCUUUUGUCGAUAAUACGGGAGAACAGCCUCCUUCCGGACUUUGUCCUCUGCAUCGGUGAUGACCGCUCCGAUGAAGACAUGUUCGAGGUGAUCACCACUGCAGCACAGGACAACUGCCUAAGCCCAGACGCCGAGGUCUUCGCCUGCACCGUUGGUCGCAAGCCCAGCAAGGCCAAGUACUACCUGGAUGACCUGGCCGACAUUGUGAGGCUGAUCCAGGGCCUCGCCAAUGUCUCUGACGAGAUGCACAGCACAAUGCCCACACCUGUCGACGCCGCAGACACCGCCCUGAGGUGAAAACACACCUGCCCCAGCUCCACCCCCAAUAAGGCAUGCCAUCUUGGAAGAAGGGAUCAUCGAUCGCUGCUCCCCCCAGGUGUACAUACUCGAAGGGAUGCAACAAAAAUGCAAUCAAAACACAUCAUCCACCAUCUUCAUCCCUGCGUGUUUUCGCAUCAAAAUACCAAACCUUUCACCGGUGUGUACAGAAACUCGGCCGAGAAAUUAACCCCCCCCCCCCCCAUGUUCUUCUAUCAAAAACUCAGAUCCAUCUCACCAUCACAGUCAGAUCAGGCUCCAAAGUUUGGCCGGGAUGAAUCCGCAACCACUGGAGCCGGAGCCACUCCUUUUGCUGGCAUGGUGCAGGUGUCAAAUGGUUGGUGCGUACUACCCUUUGGUGGAGGCGCUAAUUAUUUCAUCUUCUUUCUUUCUUUUCUUUCGGGCUCGUGCUGUACUGUGCCCAUGUACUGCUGCUGCACAUUGCUGUGGGGCUUUGGAUUGGAUUAGGUCUCUUCCGUUCCAGCUUGUGUGGUAGCAGCAGUAGUUCUUGCUGCCAAUGAUGGAUGGCAAUAGUGGAGGCUUGUGUUUUUCUUGGUGUUAUGCCGUUUGGGGGUUAAAAAACAAAGAGGCUAUGAUCAUGCUGGUGAUGAGAUAAGGCUAUAAUGCUGUCUAUGUUGAAUUGUAGUAACCGGCUGUAAAGAGAUUAAUGUGUUCCUGGCUGAAUUGAGCAAAAAAAACAUUUCUUCGUCUGCUCCGGCUGGGCUAAUCAUC